CCUGUUAAUACCACAAGGAUGCUUGCUGUUGUACUGAGCGUUUGUGCCCUGUUAUGGUGUUCAGUAUUGACCUACGCAAGUGAAACUGAAGAACUGUUUCUGACAUCAUCUGAUGAAAAAGAUGCUGUUAUUCAAGCUGAACAUAUUAUCAUCACCGAUAUUAACCAGGUCAUCUGUUGGUAUCGUGGUGCUACAGCUCCGAGUAGCAUGAAUUGGUAUCAUCAGUUUGACGACCGUCGAUUUCGUGGAGAGGAUAGCAUUCCCUCAAAAACUGACAGUAGGAAUUUUGGGUGGUAUAGUGGUGAGCAAACAACAUCACCUCCAUAUAAACAACUUAAACUAUUGAAAGACGUGAGCUAUGUUCCAGUUGAGGGAUAUUUCUUCUGUGAUCCUGAUCGUAAUAAUAAUAAUAAU